CAACACCACCGACGAGCAACAUCGCAUCCCCUCAUCUUCGACUUUGACUUUUCUCUCCUCUCCACACUCUAACACAUCUCACCCACAUCCACUUCCACAUCGCACACACUCAUCCACAAUGUCCCACUUUGACACGUUGUCGCGCACAACGUCAAACGGCGGCCGCUCGACCGUGUCCCGCAGCCAGUCCUUGAUCAAGAAGAACACUGCUAGCCAUGAGCUCAAGCCCUCGGACAUCCUCAUCGAGCGCUUCACCGCCUGGAAGCAGAUUGUCAAGAUGCUUAUUUCCUACUUUGAAGGCGUCGCAGACAUUGAGGGCAACACGUCCAAGGAGCUCACCAAGCUCGCGGCCGUGAUCCAGGUGCCGUUCCGCCCCGGAAACCAGUUCCUCGGCGAGGGUGGCAUGCAGGACGUCUUCUACACCAUCCGCGACAAGACCCGCGUCAUUGCCGACUCGCACGCGUCGCUCGCUCGCACGAUCGAGUCGUCGAUUGUUCAGCACCUCCAAAAGCUCCGCACCGAGAUCAAGGCGCACAUCAAGAAUGUCCAGAACGACACUGGCAAACUCGCCGCCUCGGUCGCCCGCGAGCGCGAGCUGUCCAACCGCGCGCUCGCCGACCUCGCCCGCGCCGUGUCGGCCGUCAACAACACGCCGAUGCAGAUCAGCGCCAAGGAGGACCCGUACGCCGUCAACAUUGCCGUCCUCAAGCAGCUCCAGAGGCAGGUUCACGAGGAGAAUGCCCUCCAAAAGUCGAUUGUCAUCAUGCAGCAGAACUCGGCCCACUUUGAGGAGGGCAUUGUCAGGUCGAUCCAGUCGGCCUGGUCCACAUUCGACGAGUGGCAGAGCCGCAUGUCCGUCUCGGUCCAGGAGACGUGGCGCCAGCUCGGCGUCAACAUGGCCCAGCUCAUGCCCGACCGCGAGUGGAUCUCGUUUGCCGCCCGCUCGGACCACCUCCUCGACCCCGAGACUCCUCUCCGUAACCCUGACGCCAUCGACUACCCCGGCCGCAACGACCCCUCGGUCAUCCCCGUCCACUGUGGUCUGCUCGAGCGCAAGAAGCGCUUCACCAAGACAUACCGCGAGGGCUACUACGUGCUUACCCCCGCUGGCUUCCUCCACGAGUACGCCUCGUCUGACCCCACGACUGCUACCCACCCCAUCUGGUCCCUCUUCCUGCCGUCGUGCACCCUCGGCCCCCCUUCGUCGGCCACCACUGCCAAGUCGCACAAGUUCCACAUUGAGACGCGCAAGGACGGCACCAGCGCGUUCGGCAAGACGCCAGGCAAGGGUCUGUUCGGUGGCGGCGGUGAGGCCUUCACCUUCCGCGCUCGCUCGCACGAGGAGAUGAUGGAGGUGUGGAACGACCUCCGCAUGCUUGUGGCCCGCUACCUUGUUGCCUCGGAGCAGAUGGAGCGUGACGGUCCCAUCGCUCAGGCCGUCCGCUCGGUCGGCUACCACUCUGACGAGGAGGAGGAGGAUGAGGACGAGGAGGACGGUUCGUCGAUCGAGGCCGAGGAGGAGGACGAGGAGCUGGAGGACGACCACCACGAGCACGAGCACGCCGCCCACGCCCACGCUCAUGCCCACGCCGAGGAGGUGCCAGCAUACACUGCCAGCGGCGCUCAGAUCGAGGUUGGCCCCAACGGCUACGCACUCGAGAAGAAGCAGAAGCCAACAUCGCCUGCGCCCCGUGACGAGGCGAGCAGUGCUGGAGCCAGCCGCCGUGAAGAAAAGGCCCCCGCUCGCGAGGAGCCUACUACUGGUGAGGCACCGUCUGUUGGUGGUGGUUCUGGUAACGGUGGUGGUGGUGGUGCUGGUCGCGCCUCGACGACCGCCGACGACGAGCCGCCCCAGUCAGCGGCGUCCUCUUCUGCGCCUUCGCGUCCGCCGCGGGCGGCGCGUCCUCCCACGGAUGACGAGCCGGACACUGUCGAGGCGGACAAGGACGAGCCCGAGGAGCAGCCGAGCAUGCUCAAGCGUCUCGGCCUGUCGUACUAGGCGCGGGGAGGACGACGGCGACACACCUACACCAACACCAACACCCAACCAGCCACCAAAAAUACAUGUAAAAGAGCGCGCUGACGUGAUUUGUAGCCGACGACUGAGAGCACCAUCAUAAUAUACACGUGUCGCCGAAGCGACGAGACGGAGAUAUUGUAUCUUGAGGAGGGGAGGUGGGGAGGGGAGGGAGGAAGUUGCAAGGGAGUCAUAUACAUGUUCGUUUUACUGCUUGACUAUAAAUGCACCAGUGAUUGAG